GGAAACCAGCUCAGUGGAAGUAUAUCUGAACAUAUUGCUCAAUGCCGCAGGCUAUUAGUCAUCGGCCUCUCGGACAAUAGAAUAAGUGGUCGUAUUCCAGUGUCUAUUGGAAGUCUCGAAUCUAAGCAGCCUGUUUCUCGCCGAUAACAACCUUCAGGGCUCGUUGCCUCCUGAGAUUGGAAACUGCAGUUCUCUCAUUGAACUCGAGCUUCAGAAUAACUUUAUUAUUGGAAAAAUACCACCUGAAAUCGGCAAACUUGUCAAUCUUGAGGAUUUUCUUCUGUUCAACAAUCGCAUAGAAGGUGACAUUCCCCAACAGAUAGGGAAAAUGUACAACCUUGUGCAAUUGGAUUUAUAUAACAAUAGCUUGACUGGUAAGAUUCCAUCUGGAAUUACCCAUUUGAAAAAACUUACUUUUCUGUCAUUAGCACGCAAUAAUCUCACAGGGGAGGUGCCAUCUGAUCUUGGGAAGAACAACUCUCCUGGUCUUGUUAAGCUCGAUUUGACUGCAAACCGCCUUUAUGGAAGAAUUCCUUUGGGUAUAUGUGAUGGAAAUAGACUUUCUGUUUUAACCAUUGGGAGUAACCUGUUUAAUGGGAAUUUUCCAACUGAAAUAGCGAAAUGCUCAUCUCUUAGGAGAGUUCUUCUCAGCAACAAUCUUCUGCAAGGAAGUAUACCAGACAAUCUGUAUCAAGGAGCAGGAAUAUCUUAUUUUGAAGUUCGAGCAAACUCGCUCACAGGGAGGAUACCUCCAGCAUUAGGCUUUUGGAGCAAUCUCUCCAUGCUUGAUUUAUCAGAAAAUAGGUUAUCUGGCCCAUUACCCUCUGAACUUGGAAAGCUGAAGAACCUUCAAAUCUUAAGAGUUACUUCUAACAGACUCACAGGCAACAUCCCCCCUGAGCUGGGUCAUCUUAGUAAACUGAUCAAACUGGACCUCAGCAAGAAUUUUCUCUCAGGAAGCAUUCCUUCAGAUAUCACAAUGCUUGAAGAAUUGCAAAGCCUCCUGCUUGAAGAGAACAAGCUCACUGGGGCUAUUCCUGAUUCUUUCUCUUCCUCCCAGAGUCUCUUUGAAUUGAAGCUUGGGAACAACAUGCUGGAGCGUGACAUCCCUUGCAGUUUGAGCAAACCUCAAAAUUUUAAUUUGGUUCUUAACCUGAGCAAUAAUAGGCUUAUUGGUAAAAUCCCAGGAUGCAUUGGUAAACUAGACAAGUUACAGACUCUUGAUCUUUCAAACAACAAUCUUUCCGGUGAAAUACCGCCAGAGCUAAACAAUAUGAUCUCCCUUUCCUUUGUGAACAUAUCGUUCAAUCACCUUUCAGGCAAACUACCGGCAAAGUGGUUGAAAUUGGUGGCCUCAAAUCCAGGAUAUUCUCUGGGAAAUCCAGAACUCUGCUUGCCUGGGAAUGAAGCUGGUAAUUGUGGGGAAGCAAGGAAAUCCAAUGCAAGAGGCAUGAAGCUGUCUGGUAUUGCAAUGGGUGCAGUGUUUUCUGUAGUAACUCUUUGUUCUGUGCUUCGCCUCUUUCUGGUUCAAGGCCUCAGAGAAUCCCGUGAUCAAUCUCUUCUUCGUGACUUUUCAUCAAAAAUCGAAGAUUUACCUGAUGAUUUAAGCUUUGAAGAUAUAAUGCGUGCUACCAAAGGCAGAAGCCAAAAUUGCAUUAUUGGGAGGGGCAAGCAUGGGACUGUUUACCGGACAGAGUCUGGGCACUCCAGAAGGCAAUGGGCAGUCAAGAAGGUGAACUUGUCCGAAUCAAACUUCAGCCUCAAGAUGAAGACUCUUAGUUUGGUUAGGCACCGAAACAUACUGAGAAUGGCAGGAUAUUGCAUCAAAGAUGGAUUUGGUUUUAUUGUGAUGGAGUACAUGCCAGCAGGAACCCUUUUUGAUGUUCUACACCAUCACGAAUCUCAUUUGAUUUUGAACUGGGAUUCUCGCUAUCGCAUUGCUUUUGGUAUUGCUCAAGCCCUUUCUUACCUUCACCAUGAUUGUGUGCCACGAGUAAUUCACAGAGACAUCAAAUCUGAAAACAUUCUGAUGGAUUCUGAACUGGAACCAAAGAUUGGAGACUUUGGGUUGGCAAAAUUGGGUUGUGAUUUUGAUGCAAGCUCAACAAGGUCUUCAAUUGUGGGAACACUUGGUUAUAUUGCACCAGGUCAGUUAAAAUUGUUUGCAUUCACUUCUGAAUCUAGUUUAUCUGCAUAAGUUCAUAUUAGCAACUUCAUUUUUUUGAUUAUUUCCUUUGUCUGUGCUUUCAUUCCUCUUUCAGAGAAUGGACACUCCAUUCGGUUGACAGAGAAAUAUGAUGUGUACAGCUAUGGAGUUAUUUUCCUAGAGCUUCUCUGCAGAAAGUUACCAGUAGACCCCUGCUUUGAUGAAGGACUGGAUAUUGUAUUCUGGACGAGGAUGAACUUGCAGGAAAAUAAUGAAUGCAUUUCCUUUCUUGAUGAGGAGAUCAAUUUUUGGAAGACUGAGAAACAGAGAAAGGCACUGGAACUGCUAGAGUUGG